CCGGAAUGUCCUCGGGACCAUCGGAUCGAACACAGUGGCGGCUGACACAACCUGAGCUCCAGGAUUUACAGGACCAGCUGCACUACUUGCGGGCAAAAGGGUUCGUUUGCCCGAGCACGUCCCCAUUCGCCGCCCCAAUCCUGUUCGCACCCAAGAAAGAUGGGGCCUUCGCAUGCGCUCGCUAUUUUUCAAAGAUCGUCCUUUGCAACGAUUACCAUCAGAUUCGAGUCUUCGUUGACGACUGUCCAAAGACCGUGUUUUGUACUUGCUACAUAAGUUACGAAUACACCGUCAUGCCGUUCGGGUUAACGAAUGCCCCCUCAACGUUCCAGCUGACGAUGAACGGGGUAUUUCGAGACAUACUCGAUAAAUGUGUGAUUAUUUAUUUGGACACCAGGUUGAUUGACAGCACGAAACGGGAGCAGCACCUAAAGGACCUGGAAGCGCUUUAUCAACGCCUGCAGCAGAAUUGUGUUAUCAAAGGCUGCAAGUGCGAGUUUUUAAAACCCGAACGGGAGAUUUUGGGGCACUUUAUUUCGACGGGGAGCGUGCAAAUCGACCUCCGAAAAAAUCGGGCAAACCAAGAAUGGAAGUCGCCGAUCAACCUCCAGGGGCUGCAAUCGUUAUUGGGGUUCGUCAAUUAUGUGCGCCGGUUUAUCCCAACAUGGGGGGAUUAACUAGGGCACUAACUAACCUACUUC